GGAAAUUACUACUAUGCUUACUGCUGACAAGAAAGAAAGUUGCUCUUUGUGGAUUUAUAAAGCAGCAUGUGAAAAUGUUCAGCUUUCAUGACUCCAAAAUGGGAGCUGGUAUCUCUACCUCGAUGGGAGAUGACGGCAUACUGGAUUCUCUCCUUCUCCUCCCAUCUCUAUUCUUUCUACCAGUUGCACAGGUUUUCUAAAGAGCAUGAGGUCAGCCUGGACAGAGAGGUGCAGCUGGAGAGAGGAUUCCUUAUAUGGGGAUUCAAGAAGGACCCUACUGAUUUUGAGUGGAGUUUUUGGAAUGAGUGGGCGUGGCAAUCUCUUUUGUGGUCUCUGAUUGGCCAUGCUGUGGUGUCCAGAUUAGCGGCUUAUUUUCUGCCUCAGUUCCGACUGGCAGUCUUAACGGUGUAUGGCGUCCUCUCAGCUGGUUGGCUUCUGGGAGUGCGUGGCUUGACUCUUUUGAUGCUGCAUCUGAGCAUCACACUGGUGGUUGCUCAGCUACGUAGCUCCAUCCUCUCAUGGGUUUGCUCCCUCCUGCUGCUCUCCACGCUCAAUGUCACUGCCUUUCAGGAUUUACAGCGUGGUUGGUACACUUCUGAGGACCAGUACUACCUCUUGCUCUUCAGUACUGCUGUUUGUAGUUUGCGCUGCAUUAGCUUUAGUCUGGAGCUGUGCUGGUGCCCCCUGCAGGCUAGAGGACCAAACCACUGCCCCCCUAUAGAGGUUAAAGGACUGAAGACACUCAUUUUUCAGUUCUACAAGCUCACUGCCUACUGUUUCUAUCACCCUCUGUUUUACAACGGACCCAUUGUGACCUUCAGAGACUUCAGUGAACAGAUAGACAGGCCAGUGUGUAAAGUCUCUGUGGUGUAUGUGUUGAGUGGAAUACUGCGUGUGUGUGUCUGGUGGUGUUUAGCCGAAUUCAUGAUCCACUUCAUGUACAUGCACGCCAUCCAGAGCAACGAAACCUACUUGGAGAUGCUGCCACCCUGGGCGCUGGGUGGUUUGGCUCUUGCAUUGGUCCAGUUUUUUUAUGUAAAGUAUCUGGUCUUGUUUGGAGUGGUGUCUCUGCUUGUCAGAUUGGAUGGGCUUGAGCCGCCCAAGUUACCACGCUGUGUCAGCAUCAUGUACAGCUUCACUGGGAUGUGGAGACACUUUGAUGUGGGGCUUUACAAAUGGCUCAUCAGGUACAUAUAUGUGCCAUUGGGUGGCUCUCGUCAUGGUGUGCUCCGGAAGCUCGUCUCCACGGCGCUUGCAUUUGGGUUUGUGUGUUUCUGGCAUGGUUGCCAUGACUACCUUCAGUACUGGGCCUUGCUGAACUGGAUUGGAGUGUUGGUGGAGAACGUUCUCGCACUCCUCUUCUCCUCUCGUCCUCUUCAUCACGUUAUUGUGCGGUGUCUGUCACCUCGGAUGCAGAGGCGUGGCCUAGCACUUAUCUCCGCCCUCUCCACUGCUUUUCUGAUUCUGUCCAAUCUGCUUUUUCUGGGCGGGAUCCAUGUGGGCAGAAUCUUCUGGAAGAGGCUGUUUAUCCAAGGCUGGUCUUCUGUGGCCAUUCCAAUGGUUGCUUUUCUCUAUUGCUUUGCUCAAGUUGGUAUUGAGUGGGACAUGAGAUGACAACAUCGCUCGGAGUAGAAUCAUGGGAAGGCAACAUUUCUCACAGAAAACACAGUGGUAUUUAAAGUUUUACCAUAGUUUGGACCAAUCCCAAUGUGGAUAACCAGCAUUCCUAUCAACUCCUACAAUAUCAUGUGUUUGUAUAGUAGUUAUGCUGUAUUUGGAGCACGCGUGUGUGUGUGUAGAAAUGAAAUGGUGUGAGUGCUCCAGGUGUGUGCUUGAUGGUGAAUCCUGUCGCUGCUUUAUUUAUGAGUUUGUCUGAACACUGAUGGUGACACAUGUCUCUGAUCAGCGGCCAGGAUACAGCCUGACCAUUGCUCUCUCUCUCCCUCGUCUCUCCAUCUGUGUAGAUUUUCAUCUUCUCGUUCAUUUUGUCCCUCUGAUCUUUCUUGUCCUGAUCUCUCCACCUUGUCUCAUUUUUUCUUGUCUUUUUUCUCGUGUCUAUCUACUUCUAUCUUCUUACUAACAGCUCAAGCUACUCUAUGUGGUUAAUUAGAUCAGUGAUCUUCUAGCCUGGAGUUUCUCCUUUGUUAGAGAGAGGUAAGACGUGUGUGUUUCAGUGGUAGGGAGAUUACACUUUAAUGAGCUUUAUCUCUGCUGCGUACCUUUAUCAGCAUCAGAUUAAUCAUUCAUAAUCCCUUCACAAAAAUCUCUCUCUCUAUUUCAAUUUUAGUGUGCUUUAUUGGCAAGAUAAAACUGCAAAUUUGCAUUAACAUACAAAUAAAAACUGCCAUAUUGCCAUUUCAACAUAUAAGCAAUGAGAAAUGUUGUAAUGCAAGUAAUGAAGGGUGCACUCAGUAUUUAUUUUUUUCAGUUAUAUAUAAAUUUUUGCUAUGACUGCAGUCUCUCUCUCUGUCUCUUCUCUGUGAUAUGAUGUUAUUUUAGUAGAUGGUAUGGCAGAGGUCAUGCGUGACCUGCCCUUUCUGUGAGUCAUACUGAAAUUACUUACUGCCAUCACAUGUUACACAGGUCCUUGAUGUGCAUGUGUGUGUUUUUCUCAACACCGGUCACUCUGCUAUUAAUGAAUGUUGAUUAAUUGUUAUGUAACAUUACACACUCUUCAAAGUGUAGAUAAUUGCAGAGUUCAAAAUGUAACAAGCUCAGUCUUUCUCUCUGCUUAAAGUCAGCAUGAAUUGUCAUUUACACCUUGUAAUGUGGUAUAUUUUUUGGUGAAAUUUAAUAUUUAAUGAGAUAAAAUAUACGGCGGGAUUUAAUUUAGUUAAUUUGGAGUUGGAUUGGAUGAUGUAAAGUGGACAUUACUUACCAUAAUGGAGCUAGAAAUGAAAGCAAUUUUGCUAAAGCAAUGUGUAAAUAGCUAUUGGUCCUUAUCAAAUAGACUGUUUUAAAUAGUACUAUGGGCAAUUUUAGAUCUUUUGAAUUGCAUUAAAUUGGGCCAGUUGUUUUCACGCUGACUUUAAAGCUAAUGUGCUUUCAUAAGUAUCUUUAAUGUGCGCAAACAAUGAGAAAUGCAUAAAUUGACAGCAAGAGAGA